CUGUCAAAAACAUCAGCAUAAUCGGCUGCAGUCCUAGUUUUACUCAAUAAAUCAAUCGUUAGCUGAAAAUGGAUUUUCGUGCUGGAAAAACAACAAAAUAUCCCUAUCGCAUAUAGUUUCUAUGUUUUUCUUAUCUAUUGAUUCCACGUGAUCUGUUUCUACACUCUGUUUUUUCAUCUGAGAUUGAAUUUAUAGUUCUGCCGUCCUUUGGAGCGAACAUCGGUCAUCUUACUGAAAGUGUGAUCCCAAACCCGGUAUUACAGUAUCGUAAGUAUUUGUGAGUGUAUGGGAAAAGGAAGUUUGUAGUAUGAUUAAGCUACGAGUUUCUUCACGUCAAAUUUACGCUUUUGCGGCUUAUUGUGUGCUGUUGGUGUUUUUGCUUUGGCCCGGUCGAUUCGCCAGUCGGUAUGAGUACAUAGAUGGGGAGGAAAUUUACGAUCAGCUGGUACGAAAAACCACAAAGAAUGUGAGUUUGAUGCGAAACGGUAUACGAUGCGACUACAGUGAUGUGAUUGAAGAAAACGUGUACCUUUAUCGGAGGCCUUUUACCGAAGAGAUAAUUAACAACAAUAUCAAGUUGGGUGGCGAAUGGCACCCGGAUGAUUGUCUUCCCAGUUUUAGCACCGCGAUAAUUAUCUGUUAUCGGCAACGGGAGCAGCAACUGAAUGAGUUUUUAAUGUACAUGCACAACUACCUUAGGCGACAGAGGAUCCACUACCGAAUUUUUGUGAUCGAACAAUACGAUCCCAAGCCAUUCAAUAGAGCGAAGUUGUUCAACAUUGGAGCAUUGAUAGCGAUGAAGCUGGAUUAUCCUUGCCUGGUGUUGCACGACGUUGAUUUGAUGCCGCAGAAUCUGGGCAAUUUGUACGCUUGCUCGCGGCAACCGCGUCACAUGUGUUCGAGUUUGGACGUAUUCCGGUAUAAUCUACCGUACCGUGGUCUUUUCGGGGGAGCGGUGGCCAUACAGUCGCACCAGUUCAUGCAGGUCAACGGUAUGUCCAACAUGUUCAGCGGUUGGGGCGGAGAGGAUGACGAUUUCUACAGUCGGUUGGAGAGCAAACAGAUUGAAAUUUGCCGAUUUAGCCCGGAGUAUAGCCGGUACACGAUGCUCAAGCACCGCAAGGAACAACCGAACAAGGAUCGAGUGGCGUUUCUCAGAAAUGGACAUUUAAGGUAUCACACCGAUGGUUUGAACUCGUUGGUAUACAAGGAAGUCGGUUAUAAAUUGCACAACUUAUUUACACACGUUUUGGUGGAAACGUAAGCUGGCGAUGUAAUAAGUCCUGUUUGUUGCAAAGCUACAACGUGGCAACGAUUACGAUGCUCACAUUAAAAUCGAUUUUGUCGCGUUCGGCUAGACUUGACUAAUAGUAAAUCAUUUUCAUUCUGCGGUGAAACAGCGAUUGGUGAGUUGGCAAAGCAGGAAGUAGUACCAAAGUUGUGUUUCUAUUCUUUGCUCAGAUACGAAUCGGUUGAGGGUAAACCCAACAAAUUCAUUCUACAUGUCUGAACGGUAACUAUGAUGGUAAACUAAGGGUGUAUGAUUUAUGCGAGUAAAAUAUUACAAAUAUUAAAUCUCUUGUUAAUAUAUCCUUAAGAUAUGAGUUCGUUUUCCAUGUUCAACCAAAUGUAUUUUAUUUAAACAGAAUUACUCCAAAACAAUACACUCUUACUGAUCUCAUAAAGUUAUACCAUUGUGAGAAUGUUCACAUUGAAAAAAAUGGCAUGCGGGAUUAAUAUGGAAAUAGAAUAACCAGACUAUUUGUCAAUUUUUAUAAGAAAAAUAUGAAGUCAAACUUAAUUUAAGGGGGAAUAAUAUUGAAGAUAAAAUAUACGCAAAGCCUUACGCUACUCCAGCAUUACAUUUGCAUUGAAAUAUUUCACAUUUUAACUAUUUCAAAAGUUGGCUUUCUAGUUGCAGAACGAUCUACUAGCACCAAGCGUGAACUAUGUCGAUAGCUUUCGGCUAGCCGCUAAGCGAUAGGUGAAGUAUUUCAGAUAAAAAAACAGUUUUAUAUAGAUUAGUACUAUUAGAAUUAGCUGCUAAAUUUAAAUCUAGUGUGUAAGUAGGAUUUUCAAAUUUGCAAAUAAACCAACACUAGAAAAUCAAGUUUUUAGUAAGAGGCGAUCUCUCGGCAAAGUGUUUUGCAAGAGGACACCAAACUCUAGACAAAGUGUUUCGCCUGAUUAAUAUAAAUAGAAUUGGAUUAUAAUACUAAUACAAGAUUGAUAGCACAAUAAGCACAAACAACACCAUAUGAUAGGCUGAUGAACAGUAAGCGUCCAUAGGACCCUAUCCAUGCGUCCAAAAAAUUUGAUUAACAUAGUUGCAACAGUGACGACUAAACAAAAUAAAUUAUUACAAUUUGGAUAGCAUGCGAUGGGGAACUAGACAAACAGAUAGAAUCGCACAUUGAAGGAAAAAUGAAAUAGACGACUCACAAAAAAUUGUUUUACUUAAAAGAUCUUGAUCAAAAAUUCAUACGGAGUGAAAAUAGAAACUUUGGCCCUAGCGUAAAUAAAGUUGAUUUUUUCCAAACUA